AUGAAUAGCAGCAUCGACAACAACAGCAACAAUAGCAUCAACUCGCGAAGAAGCGCCUGUGACCGCUGCCGGGGCCACAAGCUUCGCUGCGUAAGGCUGUCCGGUGCAAAUUUCUCCACUGACAGUAACCCAGGGGUGUUGCCGGCGUGCGAGCGACGCAUCAAGGCCGGUGCUGAGUGCUUGCAAACUAUACGCAUGCGCCGGGCCUCGCUGAGAAGAAGUAGUUAUGAUAGGUCUGUCGAUGCCUGUCGGCGAUCUGUUGAUAGCAACGGUCCAGCCGUACCUAGAGAUGGGCCUUUCCAAGAUCAGAAUUCCCACCCUCCCUUUAGUCUGGCAAUGCCGUCACAACAAGCCGACCAAGGCCGGCUUUCCGUCGGCGCGCCAUCGCGGAGUCAGAAACUGCCCAGCCAGGCACGCCCUGCUUCGAGGGACUGGCGCCGACGGACUAUAGAUUUCGAUUACACCGAUAUCAAUGCCACCUCCAGGAUGGAACCCUUUCCCAUCCCAAUCACAACACCAGCCGACAGAGACGUGGGCUCCGGAACUGGCAUUUCUUUUGAACUCGACGAGAGCUUCGAUUCCGGGAUGCCAAACUUUAACGCGACAUUCGGCCGUGGACCAGGGCAGGGUAGUCUGGCCAACCGGUUCGAUGAUGGCCCCGAUGAUAUGGUUACUUCGACCAAGAACAGCAAGUUGACAGAUGGAAGCUCCGACGCCGACAAGGAAAAGGAUAAAGACAAGGACAAGGACGAGUGCCUACAUCAGCUGUCCGAGUUGAGCUCGAGACUCAUGAGAUACUUUGGCAAGACGGGCGGUGCCCCCGCAUCGCUCGAGGAUAUAUUAAGCUACUCGACGCCUGCUCCGGUCAGCGCCGGUGAUGGUGCCAAAACAGACUCUUACGCCGCCAAGAACAUUAUUGGGAUACUGCUCCAGAGCUCGCAGAUAUUUCUUGAGAUUCUCGAGCGACUAGAGUCUUCCAUGGCGCAACAAGAAGACCAGCAACAACAGCCUUGCUCGCCAUCCAACUCGGAAUACUCGUAUGUGGACUCUCCCAACGAGACCGAAUUGCUCUUUGGCGACAGUAGGGCAAGCGACGAGACGCACAUGUUGGAACUUCUCAUCCACAAUGAUAAAGUUGACGGAAAGACUACUCAGUUACCAAAUGCAAAACACCACGAGCCGUUGUCCACCCCGCCACCGAUGGUAGCCGGCACAGCAGCAGCCUGUCGGUCCUGCCAUCGACGGCAGGGAUCAUUUGGCAUACCUUAUGCUUUUACCGUCAUGACGUGCUACAUGUGGCUAUUGCAAGGCUACGAAAUGGUGUUUGCCACCAUUCAGGACGCCCUUUUUUCACAACGAGAGCAACGAUACCGACAAGCCGGAUUGCGCCAUGAUGCGUCGCGAAUGGCGCAAGGGCCACAGAUGUUGGGUUCAGCAUCUCUACCUCCGAUGGCUGAUCCCAAGAGAAUGGAACCUUUUGUCUUACCAAACAUCCGGAUUGGUGGAUUCAGUCUCGACGGCCACCCCAACCUGCAGGUCGAGAUGCUGAUCCACGUCAGUUGUCAAGUGCUGCAGAGGAUCAAGUCCAUCCUGGGCAUUCACCAGACACAAGAUUGCACGCCUUGCCACAAGCAUGGCGCGUUUCAUAUGAAGUGUGCGCCCGCCCUGCUGCACAUGUAUCUCGACGGCACGGGAAACACGGCAAGCGGCGGCGGUGCUACUAGCCCCCGACCAGACCUUUGGGAUACGAUUCAAGAUAUCAGGCAGCUUCUAGGUAGUAACAGCUAG